AUGGCCACUUACUCACCCAACCUGGCGUCGCAAAACAAGGCUGCAUUGGAUCAUUUCAUCCAACUUCCGGUGUCACAGGACAUGAUCGCGUAUCUUUCUGGGAAGGCCUCUCAAGUCAUUCGAUGCGAACAAUCUACACACCUCAAUAAGACUCUCCCACCAACCCCACCUGCAUCACCACCACAACAUGCCGCUCAACUUAGAGAAUCCUCACUUCCAUCGAUCGAGGAGUUCAUCACCUCAUUGGUCGAGAGAUCACAUGUCCAAGUUCCAACCCUCAUGACUUCGCUUGUGUACCUCAGCAGACUAAAAAGCCGUCUUCCACCUGUUGCUAAGGGAAUGAGAUGCACUGUUCACCGAAUCUUCCUCGCGGCCCUCAUCCUCGCUGCUAAGAACCUCAACGAUUCCUCCCCCAAGAACAAGCAUUGGUCAAGAUACUCGGCUGUCCGAGGUUAUGAAAACUUCGGCUUCUCGAUCACCGAAGUCAACUUAAUGGAGAAGCAGAUGCUGUUUCUUCUGGACUGGGACCUUCAAAUCACCCCUGAAGAUCUUUAUUACCACCUUGAACCCUUCCUAGCUCCCAUCCGAGUCCACCAAGCCCGCCAAGCAGAGAAGGCAAGGCUCGCGGAGAGAGAGAAAGAGCUUGCUCAACAGCAAUAUCAGCUCACCGCGGCGAAUCUCCACCGUUCUCGUCUUGAUGUGUCCGUCUACGACUCUCCUACCACAUUCACGUCGUAUGCCAUGGGACCACAGAGGCUCCGGGCCUACCCUACCCCUUCAUCACGUGCUCCAUCGAGAACUCCCUCCCUCUCUCCUCCUACUCGCAGUUCCUCUUGUUCCACCACGUCAGAGUCUCCCAUCAGCUUCACCGAAGAGCCCGAAGAGGCGCUCAUCCAACGUUACGAUACAGACAGUGGCGCAACUCUUGUCCAUAUUCACAACCCUAUGGGCCAAGCAAAGCUCGAGCACCCUCUCCCCCUCAACCAGUACGAAGAUAAGCCUGCAAAGAAGGCCAAACCCUCAACUGGUGGAUUCUUCAACCGAAUGUUCGGUACAGCCGGUACAUACACUGGGAGGCAAGCAGCAUACUAA